GUUUCUUUUACGCUUUGCUUUUAUCAUUUCACAUGAUUAGGUUUUGUGAAACCACGGCUGACCUACAGCAAAGAGCUGGAACUGAAAACAACCCUUCAGGAGCUACUUAUCUACAUCAUCUUCCUUGCUGAUCUGUGCAUAUUGACAUUUGGAAUGGUGAACACCGACAUGUAUUACUUGAACAAAGUCAUGUCCAAUCUUUUUCUGGAGACUUCUGUGUCUGAGACAGAUGAGGCUAAUUUUGACAGCAUAGGCAGCAUAACAGAUUUCUGGAAGUUUGCAGAAGGUCCCCUCCUGGAUGGUCUGUACUGGGACACAUGGUACAACAACAAGACAAUACCCAACCCUAAGAACGGCAGCCACAUUUACUAUGAGAACUUGCUUUUAGGAGUAGCCCGGGUCCGCCAGUUAAAAGUCCGGAACAAUACAUGCUCCAUCCAUCCCCUUUUCACUACUUUUUUAAAAGAGUGUUAUUACAAAUACCGCUUUGCAGCUGAAGACAAGUCUGAUUUUGGUCUAAGGAACAAGCCUGAAUGGGUGUACUCAGUUGCCUCCUCCUUAGCACCAUGGCACUGGGGGUCCAUGGGCAUGUACAGUGCUGGCGGAUUUAUGUUCACUUUACCGAAGUCAAAGGAGGAGAGCAUAGAGAAGCUGGCGUUUCUCAGGGAAAACAACUGGCUCACCAGAGGGACCAGGGUCGUGUUCAUUGACUUCUCAGUGUACAAUGCCAACAUAAACCUCUUCUGUGUAGCCAGAUUGGUAGUGGAGUUCCCUGCCACUGGCGGUGCUGUUUCAUCCUCGCAGUUCUACUCCGUAAAGCUCCUCAGAUAUGUCUCAUCUACCGAUUACUUUCUUGCCUCCUGUGAAGCCGUCUUCUGCCUCUUCAUUUUUGGUUUCAUCAUCCAAGAACUUGUGCAGAUGAUAAGAAUAGGAGUGGAAUAUUUUAAAAACGCCUGGAACUGGCUGGACCUGCUGCUGGUGGUGCUCUCUAUUUUUGCCAUUGGCUUCAACAUAUACCGUACAGUAGAGGUGUCCUUGCUGAUGGACGAUCUUCUAUCUGAUGCAUACGUGUACCCAGACUUCUAUUUCCUUGCCUACUGGCAAACCCACUACAAUAACAUGAUUGCUAUCAACGUCUUCUUUGCAUGGAUAAAGAUAUUCAAGUUCAUAAGCUUCAACAAGACCAUGACCCAGCUGUCCUCCACAUUGUCCCGCUGUGCCAAAGACAUCAUCGGCUUUGCUAUCAUGUUUUUCAUCAUAUUCUUUGCCUAUGCACAAUUGGGCUACUUGAUCUUUGGGUCUCAAGUUGACGAGUUUUCCACAUUUCAGAACUGCAUUUUUACACAGUUCCGCAUUGUGCUGGGAGAUUUUAACUUCGCAGUCAUAGAGGAAGCCAACCGAAUCCUUGGGCCCAUUUACUUCAUCACAUUUGUGUUCUUCGUGUUCUUUGUGUUGCUGAACAUGUUUCUGGCUAUUAUUAAUGACACCUACACCGAAGUGAAGGCCGACUUCUCAGUGAUACCGAGUCAAGAAUUUGAUGUCAGCGACCUCAUUAGGCAGAGCUGCAAUAAGGCCCUGGUCAAACUGAAGCUGAAGUCAGAGAUGGACGAUCUGUAUGAAGGAGGUGGAGGUUUAAAGAGCACAAAAAGGAUCCAUUCUUCUGUCUCCAAGAUACCCGAUAGUCCUAGGCCUUCCAGAAGAAGCAGUAUGGAAGAAAAGGAUUAUCUGAGCUCACCACAGCUACGGAAGUGGAAGAGAAAGCUUGACCAUAAGUAUCGCUCUUCUGAAGACAAGUUGCCCACCCCAUCUCAGAGCUACAUCUCCCCUCAGGAUUUUCAGCAACUUGCAAAAAAAGUGAAGGAUCUGGAGAAGCAACUGGAUGAGGUUAACGCAAAGCUGAGCCAAAUGACAAAAUCCACACCCGAGCCAAAACGCUCAGACAGGAAGCUGAACUAGCAAGGGAUGAACAAAGUAUGAAGCUUCGGAAGUCACCAGCUGUCAUCUCAGUUUUGGCAAAGCCCUUUUUUAAAAAGGCAAUAACCACAGCCAUGUGCAGAGGUCCCAACAUUCAGUUCAUUCACCAUCCUAAAGCCUCGCAGAGCCCCAUGAAAAGCAAAGUACACAAGAUGGGGUCUUCUUGAAGUCAAGCCUGUCUCAAGUACACAUCCGACAGCGCAAUUCUAGUUUAAGGUGUUUACCAGCAGCUGAGGAACAAUCUGUUUUUCUCCUUGAGCCCAUCUGUUUGGGUUUCUCAUACAUUAAAUGCUAGAUUUUAUUUCUAGUCGAGGAAGGUUUCUUAUCCACAUAGAUAAAUGCUUUUUCAAAAUGCUUCCUCGUACACUGAGGAAGUUUAAGUUAUUAGGCAUCAUUGAUUCCAAAAGCUUAAGUAGGAAACCAGGGCAGUAGUGGAUCUAUUUUAUUAAGCCUCAGGAUGCAGAACUGGAUUUGUACGGUUACAGAAAGAGGAGCAAAUGUGGUACUCAGAAUCCAGAGGAGAUCAAUAUCCCCAUACAACAAAAUGCAGCAGAACAGCCGCCUUACAAGACCAGGCAAAGAUCACCUUCAGUGAACCCAUACACCAACAGAUGCCAUUUAAAAACAGAUUUUCAGAGGAAAAAACCAAAACAACCAUUCUUGUGCUUCCAAAAGUGGCUGCGUUUGCUGGCCAUGAAAACAGAGGUCAGUUGUAGUGCAAGUGAAUGUUAUUUCUGAUCUCAAAAGCAGGUGAUGUUCUUAGGAUUUUUUUUUAAAAACAUUUUUCCUUUUAACCCAGAGUAGUCUCACAUUUAGGAUUAGGCUAAGUAGUAAAUGAGA